AUGACGAGUGAUGCUCGGCAUGAAACUUUACAUGUUGCCAAAUGCUUGAUUGACAUGCUACCAUUAGGCAAAGAAAAAGAAAUGCUUCCUUCGCUGGCCAAAAGAAUCAAGCAACUCUACAACAAUAUGUGUUUUUCACCAAGACUAUUUGCUCAGUUUCUUACUGAACAUGUCGAAAAAUCGAUCCUGGGUAGACUUUUUGAAUUGUACUAUAUACUUUCUGUAUUAUUACGAGAUACAUUGGCAAUACGGCUACAUCUUAUUCUUCAAAUGAUGGAUUCUGACACUUUAAAUGCUGCUCUUUAUGAAUUAUUUGCUUAUAGAGAAGAUAUUGGAAAAGCCUAUGUCAUGUCUUUAAGCAAUGAACAAUCGGAUGAGUUCUUUAUGAAGGAUAGCAAGUAUUUUUUGAACAAUGAUACCGUGAGAUUAGAAAGGAUAAAAAGACUGUAUUACGUGUUACAACGGCCUGAUACAAAUCGAAAAUCAUGCAUUGGUCGAUUGCUACUUAUGGUGUUCUAUGAGACAAUUGAAAGGGCAAAGAAGGAUAUUUUAUGUCACAGUAACCAUGGUAACCAUGAAAAGGACUUUAUUUUUCAGUACUUGGCAUCUUGGUUCUUUGAGUUCAACCAAGAUUCUACGAUGACUAUGACUGAGUUUACCAUAGAAGUAUUACAAUUAGCCUCUGAGGCAGAGAGUGAUAUUGUCCCUGACAUUGGCAUUCUGUUAUUUAUUUAUAGUAGCGGAUGCAGACAGUUAGUCGCAGAAGGCAGAGAUAUGCUGCGAAUAUUUGAUAUCAUGGAUUGGAUCACAAAGGGAACAAUUGACAUACUUGAAAAGGGUGAUAGUACAGGUAGUUUAGCUGUCCUGUUAGCAUUUGCUCAGAUAACAUUACACUUUAUACAUACUGAUCUCUCUUACAGUACAUGGUUUGAGAACACAUUUUCAAAUCUAAAGACAACUACGCUUACAAAAAGAGGACAUGGUGUUUUACUAAAGACACUUGAAGACAUGAUACCUUAUGAGAUACCGAGUGUCCUCCAGAUACACGGGAAAGCGUUACUUAACCAUACACAUGAUACUCUAUUUAUAAGAUUAAUACGAAAACGACUACUGGAAUUAGGCGUUGAUAACAGUCUAAAGAAAUAUCCUUCCGUAUUCAACCAGCCUUUGCAGACAUCUUCAUCUACUGCGUCAAACGCAGUGGAAGACCAAGUUACUUUGGCAGUAGAGUCAUUUGUCAAGAAAAACGGUGUCAUUCCAACAACCGUGCUUCAAAAUUUUGUAUUUCGCCGACAAUGGUUUAUAGCCACGUUCUUACCAAGUCUGUUCUCCUGGAAUACAAAUGAUUCGACACUGAUGAGUGCGAAGCAUCAAUUGAUUCUAGCUUUAAAAGAGAAAGGAAAAAUACCAGAGUCAAUUUACAAUGAAUAUAUCAAUAAAUGA